AUGUCGAUGUACAAGUUGCCCAGUGUCAACUCGCCCUAUGCGAGGCCAUACAUGAUAAACCACCUGUGCUACCAGGAUCGGAUUCGCAAGGAGUUUCACGGCUCCGUUCCUACAGAGAUGCUGCAAAUGAUGGAUGCGCCACUGUCUGAGGCCUCGCGCAGGAAAUUUGGGCUUCCUGCCUCAGGUUCUGCCCCCAGCCUCAUGCAGGAGCGAUUUCCCAAGGGCUCCUUCAACAGAAUGAACAACGACUCGACCGGGUUCUCCAGGUCUCUGCUCGGAAGCUGGGAGGGAUCGGGCGGCCUGACCUCACUCCAUCGCCAGACUUUCGGCCCAGUCGUCAGGCCGGAGGAGACAAGCUCCAACGUGCGGCACAUGAUCCACUCCCUGAAGAUGGAUGAGAGCGAGCUCUCUGCCUCGAUCCUGCUGAGUGGGAUAGUUGCUGUGAAGUUGUACCACCAGCUGGGUGUCAAGCACGAGCCGCUGACGCUGAUUCCUCCACAGUUCGAGACUCCGAUGCCUGCACUACAGCCGGCAGUGUUCCCUCCCUGCCUGCGGGAACCGCCGCCACCAAGCCUGGACUUGUUCGACCUGGACGAGCAGUUCGCCUCGGAACGGGUGCGCUUAGCGCAGCUCACCAACAAGUGCACGGACGACGACCUCGACUUCUAUAUUCGACAGGCGGGGGAGAUCCUCGGCGUCUCGCAGAAGUUGGGCGACAAGCGCUCCUCCAAAGAUCCGGCCAAGAAGAUCGUCGAGUACAUCUUCAAGGAGUUAGUCGGCUUCAAGAAAAUGAAUCAAGACAUGGUGCCGUCGGUUGGCAUCUCUGAGUAG